AAGUUCGUAAAAGAAACUUUUUUAGAGAUUUAUGCCGAGAGUUCGGAAAUAAAUUUUAUUUAUGAAGGUUAUUACGGAUGUUUGGAAAUACUAUUUUACAGAAGAUCGUAACAGAAAAAGUAAGAUGCGUAGAUUAGAGUGUGGGUGGGGAUGUGGAUGAUGGUGAGAAUGUGAGUGAGGGUGAGGAUGUGGGAUAUGAACAAGAUUUAUACCCACACCCCGACCCACACCCACACCCACCCACAUCAACACCCUAGCAGCCACGCCCACGCCCACUCACACUAACACCCUCAAGAUGGUUUUAAAAAGCAUCAAUCUUGAUCUUCAUUGAAAGUACUUUUUUUUAUAUCAAUAGCAGCAAUUUCGACGAGUAGUAAUAGAACUACUAGCACGACCAUUACUUCAGUAACAAUGACAACUACGGAAUUAACAAGUACCACGACAAUUACUGCAGGUGAGCGAAAAGAAAGUCCUCAAAGCGAAGAUAUAUUUGAAUAGUAGUUUACAUCAUUUCUCCGUUUGUAUCGUUACGAUCAACUCAAAUAUAAUCGAAAUAUUAAUCUAUCAUGCGAUAUUAUUACAUUGAAGAUCUGUUUUGUUUAUGUUUACAGGUAAUGUUAGUGUAUCAACAACUCGAAUGGCCUAUUAUGCUACUGAUGAUAUCUUUAUCAGUUGUUCGACUCUUUUGACAAACGUUACUAUUCAAAUCACUGUAUCCAAGACUGUUGGUGCAACAUUCAACGGUUAUUCUAAUACAUUUCCAGCUGGACAGACCACUGAAUCUUAUAUUGAUAAUGGUACAGAUAUAAUCUAUACAUGGACAAUAAUAAGUGGACAAACAAUUAACUGUACAAUCUCAACGUAUCAUAUAGAAGCACAGUAUCACUUAAUUGGAACAUCACAACCUAACAAUGUCGAUAGUUAUACAAUAAUAUUAGAAACUAGUAGCGGUGGUACUACUGUAAAUUCUGGAUAUUUUUAG